GGAGUGAGCAGAAGCUGGUGGUGGAGAGCGCAGCCAUCUUGUUGUGUUUUGGGCCGAUCUGGAGCUGCGGAGAAAACCUACAAACACCCACCCUAAACACCCACCUAACAAACACCCUCCUAACACCUGCACCAACAAACACCCACUCCAUUUGCAGGCGGUACCAGCGGAACCGGACUCGCGGUGUUCCGGGGAGCUCCAGGCGUCAGGCGGAGGGCCCUCUCUCCGCGGCCGCUUCUGUCCUCCGGAGCCGCGGUAUGAGCGCUAGAUGUGGGGGAAGGCGCGCUGCACCGCCCCGCUGCUGCUCAUCGCGCUGCUGGGCGCCAUCAACACGGACCCGCCGGGCACAGGCCGGCGGUUAGCUGUGGCCCGGCUGCUCUCAGAGCAGCGCUGUAAUGCAGGGCAGUUUGCGUGUCGCAGUGGGAAGAUGCAGUGUAUCCCACUGGAGUGGCAGUGCGACGGCUGGACUGCCUGCGAGGACAAAAGCGAUGAACUUGACUGUCCACCGAUGAAGGAGGCACGCUAUCGCUAUGGAAACACCUUUGACCAGACGGAGGAAGUAAUGGGGGUGGCACAGCCGGUGCGCUUCAACAAGAAGUGCCCGAGCGGGUGGCAUCACUAUGAGAAGACGGCGAGCUGUUAUAAAGUGUACCUGAGGAAGGAGAAUUACUGGCAGGCGGUGGACACGUGCCAGCGGGUGAACGGAUCUCUCGCCACCUUCGUCACCAAUGAGGAGCUGCAGUUCAUCCUGAGGAUCGAGGUCGACUUCGACGAGAAUGUGUGCGAACGCAAAGACCAGUGCAAUUUCUGGGUGGGAUAUCAGUACGUCAUCACUAAUCAGAGUCACUCUCUGGAGGGCCGAUGGGAGGUGGCCUAUAAAGGUUCUCUGCAGGUGUUCCUCCCCCCAGAGGGUCUGACGGGUUUCGCGGAGGUCGGCUCCACACAGGAGAGCGUGUUUUGCGCUCAACUUCAACGGUUCCAGAACAAGAACAUCAACGAACACGGACUGCACAGCUGGCAUGCAGAGAACUGCUACCAACAAUACCCCUUCCUCUGCAAGAGGAGACAGACGUGUGUGGAUAUUAAGGAUAACGUGGUGAGUGAGGGGUACUACUUUACGCCUAAAGGAGAUGAUCCAUGUCUGAGCUGCACCUGCCAUGAUGGAGAGCCGGAGAUGUGUGUGGCGGCUCUGUGCGACCGGCCACAGGGAUGCACACACUUUCGCAAAGACCCCAAAGAGUGCUGCAAGUUUACCUGCCUUGACCCAGAUGGCAGCAGUCUGUUUGACUCCAUGGCGAGUGGGAUGCGUCUGAUUGUCAGCUGUAUCUCGUCGUUCCUAAUCCUCUCGCUACUGCUCUUCAUGGUGCAUCGGCUGAGGCAGCGACGCCGAGAGAGGAUCGAGACUCUGAUUGGAGGAAACCUGCAUCACUUUAAUUUGGGUCGACGUGUGGCGGGUUUUGAUUACGGUCCGGACGCGUUUGGGACAGGACUGACGCCACUUCACCUGUCGGACGAUGGAGAGGGUGGGGCUUUUCAUUUCCAGGAGCCGCCGCCUCCUUACGCUGCAUACAAAUACCCAGACAUCCAGCACCCAGAUGACCCGCCCCCUCCGUAUGAGGCGUCAAUAAACCCAGACAGCAUCCUCUACGUGGAUCUCUCCCGGACCGGAUUGAACCUAUCCUCCCCCCAGAUGGUUGGAGAUGUGAGCGGUCUCUGCAGGCCUCUCCCAGUCCCGCCCCCAGCUCCGCCUCCGAGACCAGAACAUGCCCUCGAGCAAAGAGCGGAAUCCAUUGACAGCAGCACCCUGCUGGUGGCCCCAGACACGCCCACAGAGAUGCAUGACAUCACCCAGGGCUCCACCCAUGACCCCUCCAGUCCCACCUCCCUCAGCACAGUGGUGUGAGGAGCAAGAGGGGUGGGGCUUUGGGGGCGGAGCUUGAGAACUGUAUGAGUGACUGGUCUAUUGACGGUGCAGGUGAAGAAAACCUGAGGGCUCAAUUUAAAAACACUAAAAACUCCAACACUAGAGCAUGAUGGGAUUAGGGAGGGGCGGGAGGCGUGGCCUCCGGCUCAAUUAACGGUUAGCGUGUAAAUACAGUCGUACAGUCACUGCUCCUUAAUUUUGAGGGUUUUUUUUCAUUAGUUUUUUGUCUGAGCAUGUGGCACUGCGCCCUCUGCUGGACCCCAACAGAUAACGUUCUGGAGUGUGGUUCUAAACCUGGAUCAUUUUCUUUCCUGCUCUGUCCGGACCGACCCGAAACCACCUUGAACAUCAGGCGCACCGUAAACACUAACGCUGACCCUUUUGCCUCUCGGACCCUCACCCGACCCCUGCUCUCCUACACCAGCAUAGCCCCGCACCAAGGCAACCCGGUUCUGGAGCAGAGCGGUUCUGGAGCAAAGUGGUUCUGCUGCGUCUCUUUCCUCAUCACUUUCUCCUCAGGUGAAGAGCACAGUGGGAUUGUGGGUAGGCAGGUGGGACUGGGCUGGUAAUGAAUGCAGGUAUGAAUUUAACACUGUAGCAGUGCAGCAUCACUGCAGGAACACGCCCUUCAUCGCUGGAGUUCUGGAUCUCCUGGACCUUUGUUUUGGAUGUAGAUCUUUGGAGUUUUGGAUCCUGAUUUUUAGGUUCUGGAGAUCUGGUUCUGAAUAUUAGGUUCUGAAGUUUUGGUUCUGGCAGAGAUCUGGAGGAAUAUGAAGGCUGGAACUCUAAUUAGAACAUGAGCUCCUUUCAGUGCAUGUUCUGGAUCUUUAGAAACCAAGUCAGAUCAGAACCUGAGAAGUCACUGAGGGGUUCACUGUUGAUGCGUGACUGCGCUGUACAAGGUUUUGCUUCAGUUUGUCUCUGUGUGUGUGUGUGUGUGUGUGUGUGUGUGUGUAGUGUGAGUGGUAGUGUGUGCGUAUGUAUAAAUGUGUGAGUAUGUGUGUGUAUAAAUGUGUGUGAUAGUGUGUGAGUGAUUGUGUGUGUGUGUGUGUGUGCGUGUGUGUGUGUGUGAGAGAGAGAGAGAGAGAGAGAGAGAGUGUGUGUGGAAAGUUGUGGGGUUGUUAUGAUGUUAUAUUACCGUGUUGGGUUAUAAUAUUAUGGGAUGGUGUAAAUAUAUUUGCACAGGUUCAGCUUCACUUUUUCUUUUUUUGGGACAAGGUUCAGAUUGGGGUGGGGAUUUGGUGGGGGUGGGGUUUUGACAGGGGGCGGGACUAGAGCUGUUUGUGUGCUUCUUACUUUAUGUUCCUGUUUGCUACAAAACUGAUUAUAAUGAUUAUUAUGGGAAUAUUAUGUGAAUACUCAGUGGAGACCCUUUGGCCCCGCCCACACGCAUCGUGAUACUAUAAACUGGAUUUUUUUUUGCGAACGCUCUCAAGGGUGGAGGCUUUAUGAACUGUUUUGCGUGUUCAGGUACCUGAUCAUUUCACCAGUCAUAUAUUGUUCUGAGGUAGUAAAAAAUUAUCUAAUCGUGUGGGCGGGGAUACGCUGUGUUCCAUUUAAACUAAACUCGGAUGUUAAAAAACUCCACAUAGAAAAUUUCAACCUAUAGUCCUAUAGUUCGGAUUUCAUUAAGAAUCCGGUGGACCUGUUUCUGCUUUGGUGGAGAAGAAGACUGUAACAUGUGAAAAAUAUUCUGGUUAGAUGUUAGCGCUGUGUAUUAGUAAUACAAUAUGUAUCACAAUGCAGGGAUAGCUUUUCAAUAUAUUGUGAUACUGUAAGCAAGGUGAUAUUGCAAUAGUUUGAAUCAAAUUUUAGGAAAAAAAACGACCGUAGUAAAGAAAAAGUAAAACACUACUACCUUGUGGUUGGAAUAUGAACACUACACCAAAUGAACCACUUCUGACAACAGUCUUUACUAAUCUGAAGUAAGGAUUAAAAUUAUUUACUGUGUUUUUGAGAAUCAAUACAGCGUUGUUGAACAUAAUAUUUCAAUUUGAAAUUGAUUGUCCCUUAAACAUCUUUAGAUUCAAGAAAACUAGUAAAUGAGUGUAAACUAGUGUUAAACUAAGGAAAUGUUUAGAAAUUGUGUAAAAUUACUAGAAUUCUUUAACAGGAGCUUUAUCAACUGGGAAGUGACAUUAUUUCUAAAUUCAUAUUCCGAGUUAAAUGGAACACAGCAUGGUUUGUAAAGGUGGUGCAGUCUCUUUAUCAGACUGUUCAUUUUUCUCCACUGUAAAAGUCUUGGCUGUUUCAGACAAAAGGAGACUAAACUGAUUUGUAUGAAAGGAGAAAACAUGAGGUUUUUUGGACAUUUUGACAAUCAUUUUGGAACUGUUUGGCUUUAUGUGGGCUGGACUCGCGACGGCACAAAAACCUGAACCAUGGAUCUCCCCUCUUCCUCUCUCGACGGUUCUGUUCGCUGUCCAUCACCCGUCCUCCUGUUUCACUGCCCAACCAGCACCACGGACAGUCGUCAGCUGAACAUCCUGGUCCUGCCUCCUUCCGAGCAAGGGCGGGGCGGGCGGAGUCGCUAAUCGAGUUUUUAAAGUUCUGUAGCUGCUGUGCAUGUUUUGGCUUUUCGGGCAUGUAGACUUUUAUUCUGUCCAGUUUUACUCUGACCACACCUCCUAUCCCCAUAACCCCAAUCCCCGACCCACGCCCUCAACCACAACCUCCUGCUGAAACAUUAGAAGUAGAUCAUUCGUAGUGCAACCAGAAAACCAUGUUUUGUGUAAAAAUAGUACAGUUUUAAUCUCCUGUUUUUUAAUGUAAAAUGUUUUUAUUUGUUAAGUUUUGUUUAGGGGCGGGAUUUACUCUGAUGUAGAUGUACAUCUAAUCAAAAGCCAAAUAAAACUCCAGUGAAGCACAGUAAAGGCCA